AUGUCUAAUCAAGAAGAAAGUGACGAAAAUUGGAUUGCUGCUAUGGACAAUCUAUGUUCGCAAUUAAAUGUAGAUCCAGGGGCUACAAAAAAAUCAAAGGAUUCAUUUGCUGAAAUAAAGCGAAACUUUUCUUUAGAGGGUGACUCACUACAUUGGAUGGCAUGUGCACUCUAUGUUGCAUGCAGAACAUCCAUCACACCUACAGUUGAAUCAGGGAAGGCAGUAAAAGGGAACUGUGUUAGUUUAACAAGAUUACUUAGAUUAUGUAAUAUAAGUCUCAUUCAAUUUUUCACUAAAAUUAAGAACUGGAUGGAUAUGACUUUAAUGCCAUCUGAUUUUAAAGACAAAAUCAGUAGAUUAGAGCACAAAUUUGCUGUAUCAACAAUUUUAUUUAGAAAAUUCCAACCAUUGUUUCAAGAAAUCUUCAUGGGCUUAACAAAUGAACCAGUAAAAACAAAAAGUAGCAAAAAACAUAAACUUCAACCUUGCAGUACCAAUGCAUUAUUUAACUUCACAUGGUGCCUCUACAUAAGUGUAAAAGGAGAGUUCCACAAUUCAGCUGAUGAUCUUGUGGACAUGUACCAUUUGCUUUUGUCUUGUUUAGACUUUAUGUAUGCUAAUGCAUUUAUGGCAGACCGAAGGGAUAUAUUGAAUCCCAAUUUUAGAGGUCUUCCAAGUGACUGGUCAGAAGAUGACUAUGAACAACCAAAUCAUCCACCCUGUAUAAUAUCAGUACUGUGCGAACUUAAAGAUGGACUUGCAGUGCAGGCCAGGACUAUGAAGGACUACAGCUGGAAUAGAGUUAUCAAAUCAUUCUUUGAAAAAGGAAUUUUAAAUGGCGACAGUGAGGAUCAUUUAGGAAUUUUAGAUAUUGGAAACUUUGACGUUAAUGUGAAAUCACUAAACAAUUUAUAUGAGACCUAUGUGCUCAGUGUUGGAGAAUUUGACGAAAGAAUAUUUUUAGGUGACCACGCUCAAGAACACAUCGGUACUAUCAAGAAAGUGUCCGACACGGAAAUAUCACAAGUUAUAGCCAAUUUUGGACCAAGUAACAAAGGCUGCCCGGACACGCCCUUAACGGGGCGGAGGUACCUCGGACGAAGAGCUGAAGAGCUUACCCCAGUGUCGGAAGCAAACAACAGUUUAGCCCGACUGGCGUCUUUCCUCAGGCAAUCGAAGCCGCAACCUUCCGCUUGUCUUAUGAAACUUUUUGCCGAAUGUGGCGUAAGCGACGAAACAAUAACGAAGAAAGUGAUAGAACCCUGCAACACUUGGAUGGAACAAUUUGCUGAAAGCCUUUUAGACAAUCAAUGUAGUUCAGAAACCAUAGCCUACAGAUGCAAUAUGGUCACCUGUUUAUAUUACAAGGUCUUUGAGCAUAUAUUACGCGAGGAGCAUCGGAAGAAGCCACAGGUUUCAUUGCAGGUUCUAUUAUCACAAGAGACAUAUCAGUUGACAGUUUACGCGUGUUGUACUGAGGUAGUGCUACACUCGUAUGGGGUCCAUUCGCUAAGGUUCCCACGGGUCUUGCAAAUAUACAACCUUAGCGCUUUCCACUUCUACAAGAUUAUUGAGCUGGUUGUUAAGGCUGUGGUGGAGAAGCUAAGUAGAGAUGUCAUCAAACAUUUAAAUGCUGUCGAAGAGCAAGUCCUGGAGUCACUAGUCUGGACCGCAGAUAGUCCGUUGUGGGACCAGCUGGAUAAUACAUCUGUUCCGCCCUCCGCUAAGGUCACGAUACCUGAGUCACCGUUAAGGAGAGGUAUCCAUUCACCAAUGUCGACGGUUGACCGAUACCCUCCGUUGAUGGCGGACCAGGCGAAGAAGCAAUUGUUCAAAGAUAAUGUUAAGCCAGGCCAAUCGUUAUUAGUACAAACAAAUACAAAGAAUGAAUCUAGUCCAACAUCCUCAAAUGGUGAAAUCACUCCAAAGACCCCAAACACUACGCCUAAGAAGAAUAAUAAUUCGCUCAUGUUGUUCUUUAGAAAGUUCUAUAGCCUAGCUGUGGUCCGUAUGAACGAUCUUUGCAUGCGGCUUCGUCUCACCGAUGACGAGUUGAAAAGAAAGAUUUGGACCUGUUUGGAGUACUCUAUCAUGCAUCAGACGCAGCUGAUGAUGGACAGGCAUCUAGACCAGAUCUUGAUGUGCGCUGUUUAUGUUAUUUGUAAGGUAUCGAAUAGCCCCAGCAAUCAAGUAGAGCGAACGUUCACAGAUAUAAUGAGAUGUUACAGAGCGAGGCCCCUCGCUGAUAAUCACGUGUAUAGAUCGGUGCUCAUUAGCACCAAGGAAGGUUCACCAGAGAGAGGAGACCUAAUCAACUUCUACAAUAGAGUGUAUGUCCAAUGUAUGCAGAACUUUGCGCUGCGGUUCACUGGAAGAAAUCGAGAUGAGAGCAGCCUUUCGCCGUUGCCAGCAGCGCGUGGCGACGCGACCUACUCCCCCGGCGGACAACGCGUGUCUGGAGCCCCUCAGCUCUCCGUCAAGACCCUCACUGCCUCCCCGCCACCUCCUCCGCCUCACAAACACCAUCUCACUUAUCGGUUUAGCCGGAGUCCCGCUAAGGACUUACACGCAAUAAACACGCUCGUGUCGUGCGAAGUGGGCGGGUUGAAGCGAGUGUCGGAAACGGAGGAAGUGGUGAAGCGAGCUCGCUGCGGAAGUGCUGGAGUAGCCCGGAAGCUGCAGGGACUUGUCAGCGAUAGACAGGCUUUGUGA